UGCCCAAUUCCUUCAUGCUCAAAAUCUUUUACUCGUCCCUUUAACUUGAAUGCACAUGUCAAGUCUCAUGACACGUUGAAGCCAUACGGCUGUCACUUGUGCCCACGUGUGUUCUCUCGAAAGCACGAUCUUCAACGUCAUAUCCGUGUACAUACAGGAUCGAAGCCCUAUGUUUGUGUGAAUUGUCAAAAGGCUUUUGCACGAACGGAUGCACUGUGUCGACAU